AUGGAAGAUGCGAUAUAUGGGGGAAGAAUCGAGAAUCAACUCGACAUUCGAGUACUGUCAGCUUACUUGGACAAGUUUUUGAGCCAAAAAAUGGUGACGAGUAGAGAUGGGGAACUGGAUUCAAAUCUUAGAAUGCCCGAGGCUAAAUCAAUGAACGAAUGGCUGGAUUUCGUCAAGAGUAAGGUGAGGAAUGCCAUACGAGUUUAGUAAUAUUGAUACCAUCCGUAAGGAGCUGGAUAUUACGGUGUUGUGCGUUAGGGAAAGAUUUGAUCCACCGAGGGAAAGUCUUGACUCAGGUCUGGAAAACAAUGUAAUUGGUAUCAGAAAUGUCUCGAGAAUGAAUUACAACCUUUUUCAGAUACCAGAAUUGGAUAAACCAUCGCUGUUUGGCCAUCCCGAGAACCUUGGAGCGACUUAUGAGCUGGAACAAAGUCGGCAAACACUAAAUUCUCUAAGGUCAAUGCAGAAAUAUAGCCGAUGAUCGACACUUGAUGCCUUCAAUCAGUGGGCAAAGAAACUUCAACCAAUUCUGGCAUUUUGGAAGCGGCUUCAUCAACAGAAUGACCUUCUUCAGGCAGAAUUGACGGAUUCCGACUCGACUGACCCAAUUAUUGAUAUGCUAAACUCCGAGAUGCACUUUGGAAUUGGACUGUAAGUAGUUACGGGCUGUUAGAAUUCGAAAUUUAGGUGAUAGUUUUGCUAGAUCAUUAUUUUUUAAAUUUUUGUACCAAAUUUAUUUUGUUUUAGGUAAAAAAGAUCCAUUCGACCUUGGCCAACAUCCGGAAAGGUCUUGCCGGCAAGCUUGCCCCCACUGCCAAGACAGUCCAAGCCGCGAAGACACUGUUGGACCAACAAACCCCGGUGGAUUGGGAUCUAAUCUGGCCGGGACCCGAGGAUUGUUACCAUUACAUGGAGAAGGUGUGCGAUAAGGCCAGAAAGGUCAAGAAGUUGAGCACCUCAAUAAGUGGACAGGAUCUGCUCAAUGAAGCUAUAGAUUUGGAUCACCUUUUCCGGCCGACAGCCUUGCUAAAUGCACUUAGGCAAUAUAGCGCAAGGUGGGUGGAAAAUCGAUGAAAUUAUGGGGAUUACGACAGUUUUUGGGCAGUUUCUGGAGUGGAAAGUGUUGUAAAUUUGAAGAAGAGAGUUUUUUAGUUGAACUAGAGCGGUUACGUUAGUUUUAAAAUAACAAGAUUGAUUUUUUUUGUUGAUUUAGUACUACGAUAUAAAUUUUUUUUCAGACACCUAAAUGUUGGCGUGAACAGACUCCAAUUCGUCACUAGCUUGUCCAAAAUGCAGUCCAGAGCCCCCUCGAUGCAGACUGGCCAACUAAAAAUUCAGGGCGCCGUUCUGGGAGGAGGCCAUUUAAUGGCUGUGGACCAGAAUUCUGCAGCGAUUUCUUCGGCUCCGGUCAUACAUGUGGCGUGGAUUGGAAUGGUAGGAUCAGUUUUGGGGUGUGGGGAUGUUUUCGACAAGAUUGGACGAUUUUUUUUUUGAUUUUUUAGGAUGAACCGGAGCCAUAUCGUCAAGAAGAAAGCGCGAAAUCCCAUUGUUUGUGGCUUCAAACCGAACGGAAUUCGUUGGCCAAGUGA